ACACACAAUGGUUGCACCCAUGGUCACUACUUUUCUGAUGUUGUUCCUAGCCACUCGAGCCUGGGGUCAAACCACCGACGACGUGAGUUGGGCCAAACGGGUGGACACCGGUUCGCAAGUCGUCACCACGAUGCAAUUCUACUUCCAUGAUACCUUGAGUGGCAGCAAUCCAAGUGCGAUCAAGGUGGCUGGACCACAAUCAUCCGCCACCUCACCUGGUGGCGGAUUCGGUCAAGUCAUGAUGAUCGACGACCCGUUGACCGAGGGACCCGACAAGAAAUCCAAGCUCAUUGGACAUGCCCGUGGGUUGUAUGGUCAAGCGGCGCAAAACGAGCUUGGGUUGAUUAUGGUCUUAAAUUAUGGUUUCACUGAUGGAAUGUAUAAAGAUAGCUCGUUCAGUCUUUUGAGUUUGAACCCUGUUAUGCAGACUGUUCGUGAGAUGACAAUAGUCGGUGGUACUGGACUUUUUCGACUGGCACGUGGGUAUGCAUUGGCUCAAACAUAUUGGAUCGAUGCUAGUACUGGCGAUGCAAUUGUAGGGUACAAUGUUACGAUUGCCACUUAUAUUUAAGUUAGCAAUCUUUUUUUGUUGAUGUUCGCUUUUAGUGUUAAGCGUAUGCCAGAUUCUUAUUCAGAUAUAUUUAUGGUAUAUCAAAAUGUGAAAAACGACACUACACUUUACUUCCUAAUAUGCGAUGGAUUUUGUUUAACUGUUCAA